AUGAAGUGCACACUUCUAGGGCCACAGCCCAAACCCACUCUCAUGAAGUGCACACUUCUAGGGCCACAGCCCAAACCCACUCUCAUGAAGUGCACACUUCUAGGGCCACAGCCCAAACCCACUCUCAUGAAGUGCACACUUCUAGGGCCACAGCCCAAACCCACUCUCAUGAAGUGCACACUUCUAGGGCCACAGCCCAAACCCACUCUCAUGAAGUGCACACUUCUAGGGCCACAGCCCAAACCCAUUCUCAUGAAGUGCACACUUGGGAUUGUGGGUGCAGGUUCGCUUGAGGUGUAUUUGGGUCGGCAGAACCAGGAGGGCAGCAACCCAAAUGAAGUGAGAACGACCGUGAGUAGGAUCAUCAGCCAUCCUGAUUACAACAGGUUCACCAGGGACAACGACAUUGCUCUGCUUCAGCUCAGUGCCCCAGUCACCUUCACUGACUACAUCAGUCCUGUGUGUCUGGGUGCCAGUGGGAGUGUGUUCAUCAACGGCACCGACAGCUGGGUCACUGGCUGGGGAAACAUCGGCGACGGAGAAUCCCUUCCAUCCCCUGGGACUCUACAGGAAGUGGAGGUGCCUGUGAUUGUGAACACAAAGUGUAGUUCUUUCUAUGGAGUCGGCACAAUCACAGACAACAUGAUCUGUGCUGGUGUACUUGUUGGAGGAAACGAUUCAUGUCAGGAAGACUCAGGAGGUCCACUGGUGAGCAGACAGGACUCUGUGUGGGUCCAGUCCGGUAUCUUUAGUUUUGGAAAAGGCUGUGCUCGACCCAAUUUCCCUGGUGUUUACACCAGGGUGUCCCGUUAUCAGAGCUGGAUCAACUCCUUCAUCAACAGGAACCAACCAGGCUUCAUCCAGUUCACUAGGCCUCCUCCUCCAGCUACCACUGUCUCCUCUCCUAGUGCAUCUACAGCCCCAGUGCCCACCAGCACGUCUACACUGCAAAUGUGUAGUAGACCACUCAACACCAGGGUAGUCGGGGGCCAGAAUGCCCCUGCAGGAAGUUGGCCCUGGCAGGCCAGUAUCCACUUUUUCGGCUUCCACCUCUGUGGAGGAUCCCUCAUCAAUGAGGAGUGGGUGCUGUCAGCUGCUCACUGUUUCCCCAGUGUGGGUGCAGGUGAUCUUGAGGUGUAUUUGGGUCGGCAGAACCAGAAUGGCAGCAACCCAAAUGAAGUGAGAACGACCGUGAGUAGGAUCAUCAGCCAUCCAUAUUACGACAGGUUCACCAGGGACAACGACAUCGCUCUGCUUCAGCUCAGUGCCCCAGUCACCUUCACUAACUUCAUCAGGCCUGUGAGUCUGGCUGCCAGUGGGAGUGUGUUCAUCAAGGGCACCGACAGCUGGGUCACUGGCUGGGGAAACAUCGGUGAAAGAGGAUCCCUUCCAUCCCCUGGGACUCUACAGGAAGAGAAGGUGUCUGUGGAGGAGGUGUCUGUGACACAGCGUAGCUCUUUGUAUGGAGUUGGCACAAUCACAGACAACAUGAUUUGUGCUGGUGUACGCGCUGAAGGGAAAGAUUCAUUUCGGGUAAGAAAAAUUCAGGUAGAUUCAGGAGGUCCACUGGUGAGCAAACAGGACUCUGUGUGGGUCCAGUCCGGUAUCUUUAGUUUUGGAAAAGGCUGUGCUCGACCCAAUUUCCCUGGUGUCUACACCAGGGUGUCCCGUUAUCAGAGCUGGAUCAACUCCUACAUCAGCAGUGGCCGAGCAAGCUUCAUCCAGUUCUCUCUGCCAGAACGUUCUUGCCGGCCCCGAACCACUGACAACAUUGCUAUUCCCAUGGUGACGGUAAUAUUUGAAGUGAAGAACCUCUCGGCCAGCAGUGGUCUGUUUCAGCUCAUUACCGAUAUGAUCGACAAAUCUUCGAAAGAACGUUAUACUGACCCGUCCUAUUCGAAAACAAUAUUUCUUCAAAUUUCUCAGAGCAACAGUGUAAGAGCAUCUGAGACCAAGAUGGAGGUGGAAAUACAGCAAUGGUUCAAGGUGCCUGAGGGGCCUGACCUCUGUUUCCCAGGCAACCACAUUGUUGAGGAUGUCAUAAGAAAGGCACUCACCCCUCGGUUUGGCCCGGUUUCAAUCAUCAGUAUCACAGAUAGUUUCAGUGUUGUGGCGACCUUUCUAACCAACAUUAAGUUUGAGGAUGCACUCAACAACCACACCAGCGAAGAGUUCAAAAAUCUGGAAAGACAGAUUAUUAAAGUGAUUGAUGAAAUUACCAAAACCAAACAUGGAAUAGUCUAUAAAAGAACACUUGUUCUGGGUUUCAGGCCGAGGGCGACGAGCAGGAGGACUAAAAGAAGCGUCAUGGAGACGGAGGUGGAGCUACAAGAGGACUUUGACUCCACCUCCACUUCCUCCUCGUCCUCCAACUCCUCCACUCCAGCUUUCCCCCGGGCCGAUGACAUCUUGGACACGCUGAAGAGAGCUGCAGCCAACUCCAGUUUAGGCUUCACAGUGGAUAUAGACUCCAUCAACGUCACAGCGGCUGUGACCUCUGGAGCGGUGAACUGUUGGGCUCUCUCUGCACGUCUGAUUGGGCUCUCUCUGCUCGUCUCAUGGACGUGGUUGGCUGGUUGACCUGUCAAUCAACUCCGCAACCAAUACUGAAUGAGACACAGCUGCACCCUCCCUCACUCCCCAAACUGAAUCACACUGAUUUGGCCCUGAAAUGGCAAUGAUCUAGGUGGCACUGAUCUGGCCUCACGCUUGCCUACUUUCCAGGGAAAGAAAUGACACAGAAGAAUGUAUUUUGCUCAUGUGUGUGUUAAACAUUACGUACCCCACCAGGCCAGAAGUCUUAUGUGCGUGUUGAACGUUACAUACCCCACCAGGCCAGAAGUCUUAUGUGCGUGUUGAACGUUACAUACCCCACCAGACCAUAAGUGAUAUUAUUUGAAAAGCACUUUGAAUAUAUAAAUAUAACACACAUUCACACAUUCACACAUUCACACACACACACUCACACACACACACUUUGAAUAUAUAGAUAUAAAUGUGCCUUGCCAGGUCUUGAAUCACCAGGAACAUAUAACACUGUAUAGUAUAAUAUUGUUUAUUGCCAUGUAGUGUAGUGUAGUGUAGUAUAGUGUGUUUUGUUUUGCGAGAGGUCCAUUCCAUUUCUACACUCAAGUAGAACUUUAGUGAUGUCAUAAGUAGAACUUUAGUGAUGUCAUAAGUAGAAAUGUAGUGAUGUCAUAAGUAAAACUUUGUAACAGUAACAAUGAUCAAACUACUGGAAUAUAUGUGUUGUGUUUGGUAUGUAUAAUACCAUUGUAAGGCAUUUCAGAAUAGUAUUGCAUUACAAACUGCCUGGUUGCUGUGUCAUGGUGAGAAGAUGCAAGGCAUGUCAAAGGAGAAUCAUACAAACAGUCUGAACGCUCACAAACACGGGUAACAGUAUGCUGUCAUAGUCCAUCACAUUAUUCAGUCACAAACACGGGUAAUAGUAUGGUGUCAUAGUCCAUCACAUUAUUCCAAGCUGCCUGAUCUGUUUGUUAUGAUUUCUUAUCUCUAUUUUAUAGUGUUCUGUCAUAAGGCAUUUCAAAU